UAUCAUAGUUACACUCAAGGUCCCCCCAAAGCUUCUUCACUUACUCCAAUGGCAGACUCGUCCGAUGUUCCUCCGAAACAAACAACAGACGACCAAACAAGUAAGUACUACAAACACUUCAUGUUCAAACCCAUAGUUGUUGUAGUUUUCCUCGUUUUUCUCCAUCUUUUCCCCUCACAAGCUCCAGAGUUCCUCAACCAAACUCUGGGCAUCAAAAUCUGGGAAGUCCUCCAGCUCAUCUGCGUCGGCAUAGCCGUUUCUUACGGCCUGUUUAGCUGCAAAACUGAUGAAACAGAUAAAGAAAACGAUGGGUCAACAGCAACAAAGACCACGCUUGACAAUGCCCACUCCUAUGUCUCUGGAUUGCUUCAGGUUUCUUCAGUUUUUGAUGAUGAUGAAGAAGAAUCUGAGGGGGCUUCUGUCGUUUUUGAUGAAAAAAUUGACAGAAGCAAUAAGAUAAUUGAUCAGGCUUGGAGAAAUCAGUAUCAUAGAGGUCAACCAAGGGUAGUAAUGGCGGUGAACGAUAAAGCUGCAAGAAUCAGUGAAAAGCCGCUUCUUUUGCCUGUUAGGAGCUUGAAAUCAAGAGUUGAAGAAGAAGAAGAUGAGAUUCUGCAGGAAACAAAUGAUGGGGAAAAAAUGAAGAGCCGGACUUUGCCAUGGAGGUCAAGAUCUGCUGGAAGAACAAUGGAGGGCCCAGAAUUUAAUAAGCAGCCAGAACAGACAAGAUCUUUUAGGUCGCAAUCAUUGACAAGAUCCUCCUCUCCUUCUCCAAACAAGCUUAAACCUUCUCCUCCCCAAUCUACUGAUGAGGAGAUAGCUAGAAAGAAGAAGAUUCCCCCUCCUCCUCCUCCUCCUCCUCCUCCUAAGUCUUCAUCCAUGAAAUCCAACUCAACUGAGGUCAAGAAAGAGGAACCUCCAAGAAGAUCAUAUUCAGUGAGGAAAACCCAAGAAAUUUAUGUUAAUAAUGAAGAAAUUGCAGAAGAAGAAGAGCAAGAAGCUGUUGUUUCUUCAAGAAUUGAAGAGGAUGAUCAUGGUGUCGGAGAGAAUUGCGGUGAUGAUAAUAACAAUAGUGAUACUGAUAACAGUGGGGAUGAAGAAGCACCAGAUGUUGAUAAGAAAGCUGAUGAGUUUAUAGCUAGAUUUAGAGAGCAGAUCAGGCUGCAGAGGAUUGACUCUAUUAGACGAUCUACUUCGGCCGGCCAUGGCGAGUCUGCUAAUAAAACCACAUUGUAAAGGGGGGCUGAUUUCAUCAUUUCUGUUUGUAUUUAUCAUUAUUUUGAAUUCCUUUAUGGUUCCAGUUAAUUGUCAUGUUUUAAGAUUAUAGGAACUACGACUGCUGUAUGGGGACUUAUGGUAUACAGACUAAUGUUUUAAGUCUGAUCGUGUGUAUUAUCUACUACAUACUUUAAACUGAUCUGCUCCCUAGCUCAACUGUUUGGAGCUUUGUGGGAUUAUGGUACUGACUCAUGAGGAUGACUAUCAUUUGUGGGCUACAAAAUCAAACAUGAAGAUUGAAUGGCUUAAAUCAAAAUCUUGAUAUGACUUCAAUCUAGUUACUUUCUUAAUCUAACCAGCCGAACUUCAGCAAGUCUGAGAAGAGGAAAUGCUAGGCAGCAGCUAUGGUGAGCUAGCUAAACUGGGACAGCAAAGGCACUUAAAGAGCCAUAAAAAAUGUCCCGGAUGGAGAAGGCAUCAUAAACAUCAAUGGCGUGGCUAGUACUCAUUCAUUUGUUUGCAUUCUAUGUUCACAUUGUUGUCAUCGUAAAAUGAAAAUGGACACCACAAAACCAGGAUAUACAAGAACUAUUUCUUGAUUUGUUUGUGUCAUCCGUUCAUGCUUAUCUUCUCUGUAUCGUUCCAAUUUUAUCAAAUGUCCUUGAAGGGAUGAGGGGAGUGCAUAUAUAUAAUUUAGGUGUUAUCAUGUUUGUGAAUUGUGAAUGGGUUAUAAUUUGAAUUCGCAAUUGAAGUUUGAUGUAGUGAAGUAGUAGACUGGUAGUGUAUCUGUAUGUUGAUAUUUUGAUGAAGUGUUGGAGAACAUUUCACUUCACUUCAUAAAUGUU